UGUAUUUAUAUGUUGUUGAACUCUGUGUAAGGUAUUGGUAGUGUAUUUAGAUGUUGUUAAACUCUGUGUAAAGUUCUGGUUGGCCCGUUCAUGAUGCAAUAGAAUAACAAGUAACGUGUUGCAGAGUUACUGACGCGCAGUAAAGAACGAAAGAAGAAAUGCCGAUCGUUGUCCCGACUUUUAUUUGUGUUCUGUAAAAAUUAUAGUGCAAACACAACAGUUGGCGACGAGGAUUUAUUUUUGGAUAUGAUAUGAAAACGCUGUCUCCAAGUUUUUUUCCGGUGGGCAUUUUUUUUUCUGGGAGAAGCGUGACGAAACCCGGGCACAGAGGGGUACAUUCAGCGCAAAAACAGUAAAUAAGAGCAAAAACAAGACAAAAUGGCUGGAUACAUUGGAAAGAUCGACCCAUUUGACAGCGGUACGGAUGACUGGACGAUGUACUGUGAACAAAUCGAGCAGUAUUUCAAAGCGAACAGCAUCGAUGACGACAAGCGAGUGUCAGUGUUGUUGAGUGCGAUAGGAAGUAAAGCUUAUGCACUGCUGAGAAGCCUCACUGCUCCCGCAAAGCCGGCUGAUCUGAGUUUUGACAACAUUGUAAAGGUAAUGCAAGAGCACCUAGCGCCAAAACCGCUGCUCAUUGCUGAGCGUUUCAGAUUUCAUAAAAGGAAUCAGAACGACGGAGAGUCAAUUGCAGCUUAUGUAGCUGCGUUAAAAAAGUUGUCAGAACACUGUCAGUUUGGGGAUGGACUAAAUGAUGCGUUGAGAGAUCGUUUAGUCUGUGGCAUUUCACAAGAGAGUACACAGAAGAGACUGCUCACGGAGGCGGAUUUAACGUUUAAACGUGCGGUUGAAAUUGCUGUCGCUAUGGAAACGGCUGCCAGAGACGCUAUGGAGCUGCGAUCUGGAGUGAAAAUGUCUGUGAACAAGGUGAGCACUGUGUAUAAACCUAAACAAACAAUGCAAAGAGUUGAACGGUGUUACCGCUGUGACAGAGGUGGACACAAAGCAAACCAGUGCAGAUUUAAAACUGAAACGUGCAGAAAGUGCAACAAAAUUGGACACAUACAAAGAGCAUGUCGAUCAGAUGUACUGCACAAAGAGAGAGAGAGGCAGUACAAAGCUCAGAAAAAGAAAAGUAAAAAUGUGCAUGUUGUCGGACAGAUCUCUGAUGAAGAAAGUGAAACAGGGUUGGCAAAUUUAGAAAUCUACAGUCUGAAAAGUGACUUGAAACAAGCAAUCUGGCUUACACCACAAGUGAAUGGACAAACAAUCAGAAUGGAACUGGACACAGGCUCUGCUGUAUCAGUGAUGUCACAGCAUGAGUUUAAAGAACAUUUCAAGUACAAUAAAUUGAAACCGUCGCCUGUUAAACUGAAAACAUAUACAGGUGAGCCCAUAAUUCCUCUAGGAAUAAUGCCUGUGACAGUAAAGUACAAUGAUCAACAGAGUGAAUUAGAUCUGUACAUAGUACCAACAGAUGGACCAGCACUUUGGGGACGUGACUGGUUAAGAAAGAUGCAGUUGGACUGGAAAUCCAUAAAAAGUCUGCAAAUUACAGUUCCAGAGUCACUGUGCACUAAAAAGAAACUGGAAGAAGUACUGGCUGGGGCUGCUGCAGUGUUUCAGUCGGGCAUUGGAACUCUAAAGCAUAUAAAAGGAAAAAUAACGCUGAAUAAGGAUGCAGUACCAAAGUUCCAUAAGGCACGUCCUGUUCCCUAUGCUAUUCGCCAGAAAGUUGAAACUGAGCUGGAUCGGUUGGAAGCUGAAGGAAUACUUUCCAAGGUUGACUGGAGUCCAUGGGCAACCCCAGUUGUUCCUGUUGCCAAAAAGGAUGGAACUGUAAGACUGUGUGGGGAUUUUAAAGUCUCCAUUAACCCUGAAUUGCAGGUGGAACAAUAUCCACUACCGAGAAUAGAGGAUAUUUUUGCUUCACUUUCAGGAGGACAGCUCUUUAGCAAAAUAGACCUUGCCGAAGCCUAUUUGCAAAUGGAAAUAGAGGAGGACUCAAAAGUCUUCUUGACUAUUAAUACCCACAAGGGCCUAUAUCGUUAUAACAGACUUGUUUUUGGUGUUGCCUCAGCACCAGCUAUAUGGCAAAGAGCUAUGGAUCAGGUACUUCAGGGAUGCCCCAGUACCCAGUGUUACCUUGAUGACAUCAUCGUCACGGGUGAGAGUGACAGCAGUCAUCUGGAAAACUUAGCACAGGUCUUAAAGAGGCUGGAAGAGUAUGGACUACGUGCAAGACGUGACAAGUGUGAAUUUUUCAAAGAAACCGUCACAUAUUGUGGACACAAAAUCGAUGCAAACGGUCUGCACAAAUGUCACGAUAAGCUAAGAGCAGUCGCAGAGGCCCCUCAGCCAGAAAAUGUCUCACAAUUGAGGUCCUUUCUUGGAUUUGUCAAUUACUACAACAGGUUUUUGCCAAAUCUAGCCACUGUACUGCACCCUCUGAAUGCCCUGUUACAAGCAGGAAAGAAAUGGACAUGGACAAAACAGUGCAUGCAAGCUUUUCAGGAAGCAAAGAAACUGGUGAUGUCAGAUACAGUUCUGACCCACUUCGACCCACAUAAACCACUAAGGUUGGCGUGUGAUGCUUCUCCAUAUGGCAUCGGAGCAGUGCUUUCACAUGUAAUGUAUGAUGGAACGGAGCGUCCCAUAGCAUUUGCAUCACGCUCCCUCAAUGCUGCAGAAAAGAAUUACGCACAGAUUGACAGAGAGGCUUUGAGCCUGGUAUGGGGUGUGAAACGAUUCAAUCAAUAUCUGUAUGGAAACAAAUUUACACUGGUUACAGACCAUCAGCCUUUGGUUUCCAUUUUCAGUCCACAGAAAGGAGUUCCACUGACAGCUGCAGCACGAAUGCAGAGAUGGGCGUUGUUCCUGGGAGGACACAGAUACCAGAUUGAGUUUAAAAGAACACACAGACAUGCAAAUGCUGAUGGACUAUCACGUCUUCCAUCGGAUGGACCUGAUAAAAACUCAGUGACAGAAAACAUACCCUUGGAUGUGUUUACAUUGACUCAGCUUGAAAGUUCCCCUGUCACAGACGAAAUGAUUCGAAGAGAGACCAGGAGAGACCCCGCAUUGUCCAAGGUAUAUACAGCCAUACAGUCGGGUUGGACUGCAGAUAAAAAGAUCCAGUUCAAGCAGUUCUAUCAACGCCGUGAAGAACUAACUCUGGACGGUGGUUGUGUUAUGUGGGGACUCAGAGUUGUUGUACCACCUAAGCUGCAAACCCAAGUCUUGAAGGAGCUUCAUGUGGGACAUCUUGGAGUGGUAAAGAUGAAGUCACUCGCCAGAAGCUUUGUAUGGUGGCCUGGUAUAGAUCAGCAGAUUGAACAGCUCGCCAUGCAGUGCUCUGGAUGUCAACAUGUGCAAAAGAUGCCAAAAACUGCACCACUACAUCCAUGGGAGUGGCCUGCAUUACCAUGGCAACGGAUUCAUGUUGACUUUGCGGGUCCAUUCAUGGGCACCACAUUUCUGGUCGUUGUGGAUGCUUGCUCAAAAUGGCCAGAGGUGUUCAGCAUGGCCUCCACAACAGCUGCUCAAACGGUGACGGUUCUCAGAGAACUCUUUGCAAGAACUGGUGUACCAGAACAGCUAGUGAGUGACAAUGGGCCCCAGUUUAUAUCUGAGGAGUUUCAGAUCUUUCUAAAGAACAAUGGAAUCAAGCAUGUGACCUCAGCACCCUACCACCCAGCCACCAAUGGCUUAGCUGAAAGGUUUGUGCAAAGCUUGAAGAAUGGUCUGCGAGCCAUGACAGAUGAACGGCUUACACUAAACCAGAAGUUACAUAAUUUCUUGUUUGCAUAUCGCAAUGCAACUCAUGUCACUACAAAUCGAACGCCCGCUAUGUUGUUCCUUGGUAGACCUUUACGCUCAAGGCUGGACUUGCUGAAACCCAAUCUGAGGAGAGCUGUACAGGAUAAGCAGAUGAAACAGUCACAAGGAGGUGGAGAAACAAGAGAGUUGGAAAUUGGAGAGAGUGUGCUUGCUAGAAAUUAUAGAGGAGAUCACAAAUGGACACCUGCAAAGGUUAAAGAAAGAACAGGACCACUCUCAUAUACUGUUGAGAUUGCACCAGAUACUGUAUGGAGACGUCACAUUGAUCAGUUAAGAAGAUCGUCUGUUCCUCUGGACAGUGCUCCUGUGAGUGUUCCAUUCACCACUGUUAAUCCUGCUGCUGGUGGAAGUGAUAUAACAACCCCUCAAGAUGUCACUACGUCUUUCAGUGAAGCACCACAAACAUCAACUUCAAUUUCUGAAGAGAAACGUUAUCCUACCAGAAUAAGGAAACCACCAAACCGUCUUGAUUUAUAAAUAAUAAAGAAAAACCUUACAAAGGACAUUAUAACUAUGCAGUAGCAUACAUUUCUUUUUGUUAGUAUAUAAAAUGUUUUGUUGUAAAUAGAACAGAGAAAAAAAUUGAUAAUACUUGUUUAAGAUUUUCUUAUCUAAGGGGGGAGGAAACUGUAGUGUAUUUAUAUGUUGUUGAACUCUGUGUAAGGUAUUGGUAGUGUAUUUAGAUGUUGUUAAACUCUGUGUAAAGUUCUGGUUGGCCCGUUCAUGAUGCAAUAGAAUAACAAGUAACGUGUUGCAGAGUUACUGACGCGCAGUAAAGAACGAAAGAAGAAAUGCC